UAUUGUGCACUGUGCAGUUAAGCAUGACAUAUGAUUAGAGUGCAGAUUAAACAGUUGUAAUUUUAAUUGAAAUACUGCUGUAGCUCGAAUUCUGUUUGUUUCUAAUUCUUCUAUAUAUGCAAUGGAUUCAACAGAAAUCUGUCGCUUAUGUUUGAGACUGAAGUCGGACACUGUUCCAGUGACACUGGAAGAUUGUGAGCUUCGCGAGAUAAUUGAUAAAUUAUUCUACUUUCGGAUCAAUCGCAGCGUAGUUUAUCUGACCUUUAUAUGUCAUAUGUGUCGGAAAACAGUUAUUGAAUUCUACGAGUAUGCUGAGCAGGUGUUGAAAAAUCAAGAAAUUUUAAAUGAAACACCCAUUGAAGAGUAUGAUCCGGAGAAACCAGAGGUGCUGUACUCGGACGUCGAAAUUGACCCUAUAAAUGUCGACAUCAAAGACGAACCUCACGAACCCGAAUGGCUUGAAGAGACGUCGAAUGAUGCUUUCGAUCGGGACGACAUUGGCGUCGAAGAUAUCACUGAAGAUAUACUUGAAGUUAAAUUGGACCCAGAAUUACAGUCAGAUGACGCAGAACACAGCGGGAAAGGUAUCGAUUCGGAAGACGAUGAUAAUGAGGAAGAAAAUCAUAUCGGAAAUGAAGUUAAAUCGGAUCCAGAGUUACAGUCAGAUGAUGACGCACAAUACAACGAAGAAGUUGUAGAUUCGACAGACGAGGAUGAAAGUCAAAUUGGAAAUGAAAUCAAAUCGGAUCCAGAGCUACAGUCAGAUGACGCUAAAAACAAGGAAGAAGUAGAUUCGGCAGACGAGGGCAAUGACGAUAAAAGUCAAAUUGAAAGGAAGAGCCGAAGGUUGGCACAACGUCCGCUUAUUGUACCGAAAGACCAACAAAGUAUACCGGCAGACAGUGCAUUGGAUAGAAUGGUACUGAACCAUCAUAAAUUGUUUUGCGAUUUGUGUUCCGCACCGCUGAAAAAUUUCAUAGAAAUGCGCAAACACUUCACAACGGUACACGGAGAGGAACCCUAUCUGAUGUGCUGCGACAGAAAGCUCUACAAGAAAUAUCGCAUGGUUCAGCAUCUGCAGUUGCACAUAGACCCGAAUGCGUUCCGUUGCGAAUAUUGCAACAAAAGGUACAGUUCAAAAAAAGUACUUAGAGAGCACGUUAAAGAAGUAUGCUUGCCUAAAGUGACCCAAAAUGGGGAAAUAUCGGCAGAAAAUAGUGACAUGAUGGUCGAACGAAUUCUACCAGAAUCACCGGAACCAACACCAGAUGAACUAGUUUUACGACAUCACAAACUAUCGUGUGAUUUGUGUUCGGUGCCGGUCAAGGAUUUCAGGGCGCUGCGGCUGCAUUUUCAAUCAGUACAUAACCAACUUCCAUACAUCAACUGCUGCGGUAAGAAAUAUUACAAACGAUUCAGGAUGGUGCAGCACCUUCAACUACAUAUUGAUCCGGAAGCAUUCCGCUGUACACUGUGCAAAAAAAAUUACGCCUCGAGACGAGUUUUGCGGGAACAUCAAAAGGAACACCACCAACCAAGGGAGACUCGAAAAGCUUAUGUAAAACGAAAUUAUAAGCCUAAAAAAGAAGGAGCACCUCCCACCAUAGAUGAUAAAAUCCUGCAGCACUAUAAACUAACAUGCGAUAUAUGUGACGAAUCGGUCGAUGAUUUCCGAAGUUUACGAGUGCAUUUUGAGUCUGUUCAUAAUGAAGAACCUUAUCUGGUUUGCUGCGAAAAGAAACUUUACAAGAAAUACCGAAUGAUUCAGCAUCUCCAGUUACACCUGGAUCCAAACGCAUUCCAAUGCCAUAUUUGCGGCAAGAACUACAACUCGAAAAAGAUUCUUCGGGAGCAUGUAAAAGAAAUUCACCUAGAGCCGAAACCCGCCAAGAUUGUCGAGAAACUAAAAUGCAAAACUUGUGAAAAAGAGUUUUACUCAGAGGGUGCCCUCCGAACGCAUCAGCAAAAAGCUCACUCUACAACCAGCUGUCCGAAGUGUUCCAAACAACUCGUUCCUGGGUCACUGUGGAAGCAUUUGCUCACUGUACACGGUAACGGUGCGCAGUUCGUUUGUGAGAUAUGUGCCCGCAGUUUCGUAGAUAAGCGCUGUUUCGAAGCCCAUUGGAAAGGACACAUGGGGACGCGGCAUGAGGAUCGGGCUCAAUGUACUAUUUGUUCGGUAUGGUUAACCAACAAAUAUCAGCUGACAAAGCACAUUAAGAGAAGGCACGCAGUACCGGAUCCAAAUGAACAACAUCAAUGUAACGCGUGUGGAAAGCAACUGCGCAGUCGGGAGGCCUACCAUCAUCACAAGCAUCGCUUUCAUGGAAGGCUGCAGUACGAGUGUGAGGUUUGCCACGAGAAAUUCCGAAUGAUUCGAUAUAUGAGGGAACAUGUGGCCUUGAAACAUACCGGAGAAUACUUGUACAAGUGCAGCUACUGUGACGAGCAGUUCUUUACCCAGAACAAGCACUACACUCAUCGAAAAAAUGUGCAUCCAGUAGAGUUUCAGGAAUACUUGCGCAAGCGAUUAUUGUCAAAAACUGGACCAAAACCGGAAUCAAUAACAUAUUAAUG